AUGACCGCGAAACUGCCAUCAGAAUGGUUCCAUUUUGGAUGCAAAUUGCAAAACCAAUUGCAGGUGACUGGCAUCGACGCGACGGCCAAAUCUGUUACUUAUGAGAAUGAACAAAAUGGAAUGACGCGGCAAAAUGAACUCGUUUACGAUGUAGUCGUCGUAGGUGUUGGCCUGAAAAAACCUGUGAAUCCGUACAUAGAGCAGUAUACGUGGCUAUACUUUCCGGAGAAAUCAGUUCCGUUCUAUCGCCUCACUUUUCUCUCGCAAUAUGGAGAAAUGACUCCUGACAGUAGUAAGUAUUGGUCUGUAAUGUGCGAAUGUGCUCGGGCUCGUGACGAUGAGCAGGAUACAGAAGAUGCGAUAACUGAGCAAACAGUCGAGGGUUUGAUUCGAAAAUCAAUUAUCACACGCGAACAAAUCGUUAGCGUGUUUUCGACAUACUUGCCAUACGGAUAUCCUAUACCAAGUGUCAAUAGAGAUGCUGAACUUGCACGCGCACAUCAUGCUCUCGAAAAUCAUCACAUCUAUUCAAGAGGGCGUUUCGGUGGCUGGAAGUAUGAAACAUCAAAUCAGGACCACUGCUUCAUCCAAGGGAAAGAAAUCAUUGAUAGGCUUUUACUGAAUGAGCCUGAAAAGGUUUACAAAACUGGGCUGCCCACUUAUCAAGGAUAA